AUGGGAGAUAGAAAGGACUUUAUGAACGAAGCCUUCGACGGCGGACUUAUUACACGUGGCGCAGUCGCUGUGUCCGUGGUAAGCAAACAGUUUGCAUGUGACAUUCUCGGAGUACCUAGUAGUCCGAAAGAAAUUCUAAAACUAGCCGUUGCCCUUGGAGUCGAUGCGGUUGGAGUUCAUUAUUUACAAUUCAAAAAACUAGUACCGGAUGAUCCAUUCAAAUAAACCAUUAUAAUAAAGGGAGGUGACAAGCGUCGUAGUCGGAGGACUAUUCAACGCCGUAGCUUUUGCAGGAGCCGGAUACCUGUUCAGCAUAUUAAACCCCAGCGGAUACGAAGAUGAAAGAAGAGACAUAACAUAGCGUUGGAAAAAUUAGCAAAAGCUAAAGAAAGAUGGUACGAAAGUCAAGUGGAAAAAAAGAACAGAAUAGCAAUACUCAGGCAAGAACUAGUCGGCGCCAAAUCGGAUAUGGAAACGACAAACCGUGCUCUGAACUCCCUGCGGAAAGCGCAGGAAGAACUAACCCUUGAUAAAGAACCAACAAUUCACGAUUACUACGAACCAUCAAGCGAAAUGGAAGAAUACCAGCAGAUCACGAUUGGAAUAUUGGGACUGGGGUCUGGAUUCGUAAUUACAAGGUUACUGUAG